CUUCCACGUAGUGCGCAGUCCGACAACCUACUUACGACCCAGAUCCAGAAGCGUAGAGUAGAAUCCUGUUCACCGUCACACUCCUUUGACGCGCCACGAGUACGGUCAGCCACGAGCUGCGAGCGCAGUGAUCGCGCCUCUGUCAGUCAGGAUCGAGCUAUGACUAGCAAGGUCGAUUCUGAGGUCCCGAAAAGUGACGUCGUGCGCGAGCGACUGCACGAGCUGCCCCUUCCGGACACCCAACAGCGCAAUUUACACGACCUUAUCGAUCCUCCCGUUCACCGCCUCCCACCUGAGGUGGUUUCGGAAAUCCUUCUCAUGGUCGUCUUCGGCAACAUCUGCGCGAGUGUCAGCGUGUUUGUCGUGCGGCAUAUCCUCUCCUGCGUCUGCGGUUCAUGGCGUGAAGUGACUCGGAGCACGCCGGCCCUCUGGAACAGAGUCCCGUCUCAAUUGCACUCGGUCUCUCUACAACCGCAUCUGAUCGACUAUGCGAAGCACGCAUCGGAGAACGCUACUCUCUCCGGCGCGCUCCCGCUCGAGAUUUAUCACCAGCUUCCCGCUGAUGACCGUCUUCUCGAUGAGCUUUUCGAGGCGCUACGCCCUGAAUUUCACCGCGUCCAAACUAUCAUCAUCGAAGCCGACUUCAGUCUGUUAGACAGCUAUCACGGGAUCGAUCUUCCCGCUCUGCAGAAGGCGCACCUGGAGCUGCACGGUCAGCCGGCGAGGCGCCCACUCAAUCUCUUGACAAAGGCGGCCGCGCUUUCGGAACUACGUCUCAAAUUCCCUGAUGACGAUGAUCUUUACGCAGAACUGCCUGCUCUCCCUUGUCCCGCGCUUCCUGUGUUAACGAAGCUCGCCCUAGAGAUCAACGCUACCAUCCCACUCGCAGAGCUGCUGCAGGCGCUACGUGCCUGUGCGGACAGUCUAACAGAAAUGGAGUUACAAUGGAAGAGGACUAGCCAGUCUCUAUUACCCACCAUUCCUCUCGUGCAGAUGAACGCACUGCGCCGCAUCUCCUCGUCGCUGGCCGCGCAUGAGAUACUCAACCACAUCGAUGCCCCAGCCCUGGAGCAUGUCGCCAUCAUUCCCGUGUGCGCGUUCGACGACGGCGACCCAUUCUCUUCCCUUUCCGCCUUUGUCUCUCGCCUCCCAUCCCCUGGCAAAAUCACGCGGCUCGAAGCGAACGCGUCUACCGACAAUACCGACUCCUUCGUCGAGUGCCUUGCGAAAUUGGGCGGCAUACGUCAGCUGAGCAUGAGCAGCACGGCGUACGAGGGUCUGUUGACGCAGGGCGUCUUCUCGCGACUGACGUGCGUGGCGGGUGCUAGGCCGCUCCUGCCCAGGCUCACGAAGCUGUACGUCUCGUUUCUACUGCCGCCGCGCGAGAAUCCGGAGGCAGAGGAGGCGUUGAAGGAGAUGAUUGCAUCGCGGAAGGCGCCUCGCGUCUGCGCAUCUCGAGAGGUGGCAGCGCUGGAGUCUGCCAUAGUGCGGGUUUGGUGAGGGUUCAGUUGGCUUUUUCGAUAUCGUGUUUACGCCUGCGCUCGCCAUCGGCUCUAUUUACGACUUGAAUACGAGGAUAGUGAGAGAGGUGA